AUGCCCUCCCAACAGACCACAGACCCCUCUCCCGCCCGGGGCAGCCCAUCCCUGAGGGAGAUGGAACCCAAGGACCAGCAGCUCAUGGUGGCGCUUCGGAUCCGCCCACUCAACAGUACAGAACUGGAGGAAGGAGCCACUGUCAUCGCCCACAAAGUGGGGGACCAGGUGGUUGUGCUGAUGGACCCAGGCGAAGACCCGGAGGACACUCUGCGAGCACACCGGUCCCGGGAGCGGACCUUUAUAUUUGACACCGUGUUCGACCAGCACGCGUCUCAGGAAACUGUAUACUGUGCUACCAUCCAGCAUUUAGUGGAAGGCGUCAUCUCUGGGUACAACACGACCAUUUUUGCCUAUGGCCCCUCAGGUGCUGGGAAGACUCACACCAUGCUGGGUGUGGAUGCGGAGCCUGGCAUCUACCUGCAGACCCUCACCGACCUCUUCCAGGCCAUCGAGGAGACCCAGGACAACAUGGAGUAUAGUGUGUCUAUGUCUUACCUGGAGAUCUAUAACGAAGUGAUCCGUGACCUCCUGAAUCCAUCCUCUGGGUUUCUGGAGCUGAGAGAAGAUUCUAGAGGCAGCAUCCAGAUCGCAGGCAUCACGGAAGUAUCCACCUCAAAUGCUCAAGAGAUCAUGCAGCUGCUCACCAAAGGCAACCGGCAGCGCACACAGGAGCCCACCGCUGCCAACAAGACCUCAUCCCGCUCCCACGCAGUGCUGCAGGUCACUGUGCACCAGAGAAGCCGAGGCGGAGACCUGGCAGAGGAGGUGCGCCUCGGAAGGCUCUUCAUGGUGGACCUGGCAGGCUCGGAGCGCGCGGCCCAGACUCAGAACCGGGGCAAGAGGAUGAAGGAGGGUGCGCACAUCAACCGCUCACUGCUGGCCCUGGGCAACUGUAUCAAUGCACUCAGCGAGAAGGGUGGAAGCCGCGCUCAAUAUGUGAACUUCCGGGACAGCAAGCUCACGCGCCUGCUGAAGGACGCCCUGGGAGGCAACAGCCGCACAGUGAUGAUCGCCCACAUCAGCCCGGCCAGCACCAGCUUUGAGGAGUCCAGGACCACAUUGCUGUAUGCCUACAGGGCGAAGAACAUCAAGACAAGGGUAAUCACAAUCCCCCAUGAUGCAGAGGAGGACAGUCGCCUACAGAUGAACAGGAUCCGGGCACAGCUUAUCGGGGCUUUCAAGGAGCAGAUGGAGAUGCGGCGCAGCCUGGUGGAGCUGGAGAAUACCAACAUUGAGCUGCACAUAGACAUGUCUCGCCACCUGCUGACCAUUGCAGACUGGGAGCGGGAGAAGACCCACCAGCGCGUGGACGUGGACAGCGGUGAGAGGGACAAGGAGCCAGUGGAUGCUGAUGGAGAGGAAGCCGGGGCUUCUGAGCCCCCGGAGGUGGCUCUGGCCAGAGAGGAGGUGAACUUGCUCUUGGCUGAACAGCAGAAAACAGCAGCCCUCAAGGCUGGGCUAGAGCAGCGCCUGGCCCAUGCUAAGCAGAAGGCGUCACAGAUGGAAAAGCUGCUACCGAGGCAGGUGACCAGUGAGGACCAGCGGGAGGUCCUGCAGCUGCUGUGCAGGGCUCACGAGCUGGAGGUGGAGAACACGGAGCUUCAGGCUGACAACUUAUGCCGCAAGAACUUGCUGUGCCAGAAGGACUUCGUGAUCCAGCGCUAUCACCAGCACCGGCUGCUGUGUGAACAGAUCAUCCAGGGGCAGCGACAGCUGAUGCAGGACAAUGGCAUCUCAGCCCCGGAGCCUCUGGAACAGCAGUACCGACUCUACUCCCGGGAGCUGGGCGAGGGCACGUUGGAUCGACUGCUGCUGCAGCUCUCAGUGAUGUCCAGCUCGCUCCAAGAUGGCCCCAUUGUGAAUGUGUCACCCCCACCGACUGAGGAGAACAGCGGAGAACCUCUGGGUGACAGGAGGGAUCUCCCGUGGGGCGCCACCUUUGAGUUGCCACAGAUGCUCCUAGAGAGAGACAGUGAUGGGAACAGGUCCUCAAAAAGCACUCCCCUGCGGAGGCUUGGGAAGCAAGAAUCUCUCCUCCCUCCGCCAGCCCUCCGCAUCUUGCUGACACCCCCUAUGCUUGAGAAGCCAAAUGCCCCAGGCGCCAAGAGCCUGAUCUCUAGGCUGCAGCCCACGGCAUCCUUGGAGCUGAGGACCCAACAGGCAGCCGGAGAGACGAGCCCUCCGCUGAGUGCCCAGGCCCUCAAGGAGAUGGCCCUGGGCACCAAGAGCAUCGCUCUCAUAGCAGCCAGCCGGCGCUGCAAGGCGUACGACAGGGAGGGCGGCUGUCUGGACUCCAGGGACCCCAGCCCUGCAGACUGGAGGUGGCCCCAUGCCAGCCCCAGCAGGGACCGCUCUCUGGACAGGAAGGCAGGGAGGAAGCGGUCACCCUCGUUCACCUGGAGCCUGCAACAAUUGCAGACGCUGGAGAAACAUCAUCCACCUAUGGAGCAUCCACCCGAGAGCCAGCUGUCCCCGGCGCUCCUCCAGCCACCGAAGCCGGCAGGGAAGAGCUUCUUCCCUGCUGUCCCUGCGGCCUCCAAGAUGAAACCCAGCCUCAGUGUUCACACGGAUGAGAACAUGCUUCAAGUGCCGGAGGUCAGCUUCACCUUCCCCAGCGCCAUGUGGCAGAACAACGCAGCAGCCCUGAGCCGGCCUCCCCUCCUGCCCCGUGACAUCCGAGUGUUCCGACUACGAGGCUACGAGGUGGAAACAGAAUUUCUGGAAAUUGUAGGCCAGUUGGCUGGCGUAUACAGAGGCGAACCGGAAACCCUGCUUCAAACAAAAUGA